ACCCGGAGCGGCGGCAGCGCCCGGACUUCGGCGCCGGCGGCAGCUGCACCCCGCGGGCGGCCGGGCGCGGAGCCCCCCAAACCCAUGCCCCGCGGCGCGCGCGCUCUGCGGCUGCUGGGGGCCCCCGGCCCUGCAUGGCCCCGGCGGCCGCUGCCAUGACCUCGCUGCCUCUCAAAGUGGAAGACUUCGGCCAGCCAGGGGGGGCGGCCGGGGUGCAGCCCCCCAGCACCCCCAGGGCCCCCGCCGAAGACGAGGGGCCGAAGCCCAAGGCGGCCGCAUCGCUGCUGCCCUUUAGCGUGGAGGCCCUCAUGGCCGACCACAGGAAGCCGGGGACCAAGGAGGGCGCCGGGGGGGUCCCCGACGGCGCCCCGAAACUGGGGAGCCCCGCGCAGCCCCUGGGCGCCUUCUCGGUCGGGGGACUCCUCAAGCUGCCCGAGGACGCCCUGGUCAAGGCCGAGAGCCCCGACAAGGCCGAGCGCACCCCGUGGAUGCAGGGCCCCCGCUUCUCGCCGCCCCCGGCCCGGCGGCUGAGCCCCCCGGCCUGCACCCUGCGGAAACACAAGACCAACCGCAAGCCCCGUACGCCCUUCACUACGGCACAGCUCCUGGCCCUGGAGCGCAAGUUCCGGCAGAAACAGUACCUGUCCAUCGCCGAGCGCGCCGAGUUCUCCAGCUCGCUCAGCCUGACCGAGACGCAGGUGAAAAUCUGGUUCCAGAACCGCCGGGCCAAGGCCAAGCGGCUGCAGGAGGCCGAGCUGGAGAAGCUGAAGAUGGCAGCCAAGCCCGUGCUGCCCGCUGCCGCCGCCUUCGGCCUGUCCUUCCCACUGGGGGGCCCGGCUGCAGUGGCCGCGGGGGCCUCGCUCUACGCAGCCUCCGGGCCCUUCCCGCGCGCGGCGCUGCCCGUGGCUCCCGUGGGUCUGUACACGGCGCACGUGGGCUACAGCAUGUACCACCUGACUUAGGGGGGCCUGCCCAGCACCUGGGCCUCGCGCGGGUUCCGACCCCCCGCCGCCGUCUGACUGUCCCCAUCCACUCACCCCCCGGAGUGGCCAGAUGCACCCCUCAAGGCUUUGGAGAAGCCAGAUCUCACCCAUUCACCCCUUUCCAC